AUGGCACGGCAGGUCUUUUACAAACGCGGCGCCGUGCGGGUGGCCGCCGUGCUGCUCGUGAUCGCCAUAGUGAUCCAGUGGCGCUCGAGCGCCGGGUCAGCGGGGUCGGGGGCCGUGCUGCAGCCCGCACACGCUGAGGGGCCCGCGGCUACCCCAGCUCCCACCGAAGCUCCCGUUGCGACCGCGGCGCCGGCCCCUGAGGAUGACGCCGCGGCCUACCUGACGGAGGUGCAGUGCAUAGGCGGGAAGCGUCCUCCCUGGACGCGGUCAUGCCGGUUCAAGAACCUGUACUGGCUCGGGGAGGGCUUUGCCACGGUGCGCCUUCGUGGCAAGCCGCUCCCGGAGCACUUCUUGAACCUGGGCCCGAAGCGCGCGUUCGGGGCCGAUCCUUACUGGGAGCCGCAGCACCUCGAGUUCGACAACGCGCAGGAAGUCAAGGAGUAUUUCGCGGCGCGCAACGUGGUGCGGAAGGAGGGCCCGAGCCUCGUGUUCAACACCAUAUGGGCAGCGGUCAAUGUAGGGCACGGGAUGUUCGACGGGCUGUACCCGGCGUUCACGGCGGCGUUCGACCACGGGCUGGCGGAGGAGCCGAUCCGAAUGAUUCCGGGCGACGUCUCGGGACAGAUGGGGCGCGCGGGCGCUGCGUACUGCGAGGGCCUGUGUGCAAACUUCUGCCUCCCCGCCGAGGAGCUCUGCGACGUGGGCAAGGCCAUCAAGGCAAUUGCGAUCGGGGGGGAGUUUCUCCCGCUGUGUGCGAUCCCGGAGCGGCACCCAGGGGAGGUCCUGCUGUUCGAGGACGUCGUCGCCGGCAGCGGCGAGCGUGCGCAGAGGGCCGUGUACCCGGAGGCGGCGAUCUACGAGGGCCGCGACGGCGUGAUGGAGCACUUCCGCGACAGGCUCUUCCAGGGCUUCGGCGUGCAGCUCAAGAAGCGCCAGAAGGGCGAUGUGGUCAAGGCGCUGGUGAUCAGCAACAAACGGUACAGCCCUGAGGAGAUCGCGGAGAUCCAGGCCGCCAUCGCGGAGCUGGACGGCAAGGACAACUUCAGCGUGCAGUGGAUCGAGUGGCCGCAGUACCCCGGGCUACCGCGUCAGUUCGAGCUCCUGUCAGACGCGGACAUCUACCUGUCAGGGCCCGGCACGGGCCUGCUGAACCACAUGUACAUGCGCGAGGGCUCCGUGCUGGUCAACGUCGGCGAGAUCCGCAGCCGUUUGAACAACCGCUUCCCUUCGUUCAUCGAACAGUACAUCGCCGAGGGCACGCCGUACCAGCGGGCGCUGUACUACCCCAGCAACAAGCGCAUGCACGGCAUCAAGGGCGAGGAGAUCUCGAAGCUCCUGCUGCAGGCGAAGGGCAUCGUCGAGCAGGGGUUCAAGGUGCCGGUGCCGCCGCUGGAGAACCUGUCGGUGGAGGGGAAGAUCUUCUCGCUGUACUGCACGGAGAACGAGGAGGAGGGGCAGGACAUGCUGGACCACAUGAACGGGAACUCGGCCUUCGGGUGGGACCGUUGCACCGACGACGGGUGGCUGGAGAGCGUGGUGUACGAGGCGGGCGGGUGGCAGCUGGAGUCGCAGCUGCACGACGGCGUGCACUGCACGCUGAACAGGGAGCGCCUCAAGAAACUGCGCGACCGGUACGAGGGGCAGCUGGGGUGGGUGGAGGGGUGA